GCGCCGGUGGGGCCCCCCACACCGCACAUUUCGGGAGCUUCCGCCGCUCUAGGCUGCGCGGGGCCCAGCCCGGACCUGAAGAAGAGUGAAAGCACGAAAGCUUGUAACUUGCACCAGCAGAAGUUGGUUCAAUAAAAGGUCCCAGCUUCUCUUUCAUGCUGUGAACCAAGGAGUAGAGAGAGUCGACCACAGAACCUAAACAACCAGGUACUUGAAUUCAGGAACUGUGUCUGUAGAUAGGCGGAGUGGCCUCCCUCUGACGCUGACAGGAACCACUCCCUGCCCUCUGGUGGACGGAGCCAAGCCAGGCCCAACCUUUGCGCCAGAAGCAGAGGCAUGGAACAGGAAGUAUAAGAUGUGGGGCCUCCAGCUCAGUUGAGGGAGAGCCAGGGAAGGAGUUGGAUUCCUCUGCCUUACUGCUGACCCUUGAGCCAGAGACCGAGCUGUACCAACCCCUGCCCCUGAGGAGCUGCCGAAUACCCUGAGGAGCCUGAGGGCCCGUGAGCAACGAAGCCCUUCGAACAGGUGUUUGCAAAUUGCUGAAUUAUUUUCUCCGUUAUCUUCCCAGGUACUGAAGGAAAAAGGCUUUAAGACUGAUAUACCUGCCUUCAGCCACCCUUUUAGAUUUGUCAGGUCUGACUUUGUCACAAUAUAUACUCAGCAGCCAUAAAGAAAGCUAAAAGGACAUAUGACACAACUGAAUCCUUUGUGUCCCUCUCAAACACAACUGCACCAGCUUGCUAAAGAUGGAUAUAAUUAAAUAUACAGAUAGAAGUAUGGGAAUGGACGACAGCAUUACUUUAUACUGUCGGUGGAACUCUUUGACUGAAGAAAAGAAAUAUUCAGUAUAAAUAGAUAAAGUGAGAAGACCUUUUGUUUGCCAUAAGAAGGCUAUUAUCCAGAAUGUUAAUGGAUUUCCAGCUAUUAAGAUGUAAUGAUAUACCUUGAGUAUCUAACUAUACAUUUGAAAAAUCUCCAUGAGCAAUCUCAAAGGAAUACUUAGAAUGCACUCCUGAGUAAGAGAGAAAUGGUGGAACUGUAACUCACUACACUAACUUUUAUGUGAACCAACUGUUAUUUAUGCCACUGGGAGGCUGAAAGUCCUGGAAACAUGUUGUGUAAGAAAUGACAGAAAAUUUGCAAAGCCGUUGCCUAGCAAAUUGGAACAUGGAGAUGAAGCUAGAUCCUGCUAAGGAUGACCUACCCCUAAUGGCCAACACACGCCACAUGCUCGUAAAGCAUUAUGUAUUGGACUUAGAUGUGGAUUUUAAAAGCCAAGUUAUUGAAGGCACCGUAGUUCUCUUUUUUGAGCCUGGGAGCAGAUGCAAAAAAGGAGGCAGUGCUGGGGAAGGAGCCUGCCUUUCACAGUCAUAUGAAACAUGCAAAAUUAGGGCAUCUGAACCUUGUCACAGUCCUGUGAGAAAUGUAAGUGCCCGCUCAUCUAAAACAGGAUAUAAUGAUUUUGCAGUCUGUGCUAAAGGUGAAAAAGAUACUUCUGAUAAAAAUGGUAACCAUAGCAACGGGGAACAGGCUUCUGGGAUUUCUAGUUCAAAGAACUGCUGUGACAUAGAGAAUCAUGGGAGUGAAGAUUUUUUGCUGGUAUUGGACUGCUGUGAUUUAUCUGUGUUAAAGGUCGAGGAGGUAGAUGUUGCUGCUGUGUCAGGUAUUGAAAAAUUUACAAGGUCUGCCAAGCUAACUGAUGCUGAAGAGCUGAGAAAUCUUAGGAAUCAGAUUGUACAUGAACUUGUGACUUUACCUGCGGAUCAUUGGAGGGAACAGCUAUACUAUUACACCCGCUGCAGCCAGGCGCCUGGUUGUGGAGAGCUUCUGUUUUCCACUGGCCCUUGGAGCUUGAUGAUAAGGAAAGCAGAGGUUCAAGCACCAAGAGACUUCCCUCAUGCAAUAAGGAUAUGGUACAAAACAAAGCCAGAGGGAAGAUCAGUUACAUGGACCACAGACCAGAGUAGCAGGCCAUGUGUUUAUACAAUGGGGUCUCCAAUAAACAACAGGGCCCUUUUUCCAUGUCAGGAGCCACCGGUUGCCAUGUCAACAUGGCAAACCACAGUCCGAACAGCUUCUUGCUUUGUUGUCUUAAUGAGUGGUGAAAAUUCAGCAGAACCAGCACAACUUCAAGAAGGUCUUUUAAGUUGGUACUAUUAUGUGACCAUGCCCAUGCCAGCAUCCACCUUUACUAUUGCUAUUGGGUGUUGGACAGAAGUUAAACAGGAAUCCCACACAGCUGACGUCCGGACAAAUAAUGAGUUUUCCUCUCUGUUUUCAAGGGCCGAUCUCAGGUUGAUCGAAGGGAGCUGUGGUCAUGUGGCGUAUCCUUGCCGUUUCCAAAAUCCAGCUGCUAGUUCUCAGCUAGUCAUUCCUCAUCGAGUCUUUGCUCCAUGGUGCCUUAAGGAUCGCUGUGCAGAGAUCCUUCUUGAGCUGAUUCCUCAGUGCCUCUCGGCUGCUCAUGCUACACUUGGAACCCACCCCUUUUCCAGGCUUGAUGUGUUGAUAGUCCCUUCCAACUUUUCCAGUCUGGGAAUGGCCAGCCCACACAUCAUCUUCCUGUCACAGAGCGUAUUAACUGGAGGGAGCCAUCUCUGUGGAACACGUCUGUGCCAUGAAAUUGCUCAUGCUUGGUUUGGAUUGGCCAUUGGUGCUCGUGACUGGACUGAAGAAUGGAUAAGUGAAGGGUUUGCUACUUACUUGGAAGAUGUAUUUUGGGCAGUAGCACAACAGCAGCUGCCACAUGAUGAAGCAAGAGAGCAGCAGGAGUUGAAAGCUUUGCUGCGCUGGCGACGGCUCAGAGACGAGGUGCAGAACUCUGAAGAAGAGCUGCAAGUAUUAAGGCCAAACAAAGAGAACACAGGAGAAGUGAGUGAGUCUGGAACAUGCAUAAUCAAACACGGUCUUAAUGCAGAAAAAGUCUUCAUGCAGGUUCAUUACUUGAAGGGCUAUUUCCUUCUGCAAUCUCUAGCCAAGAGAAUUGGAGAGGCUACAUAUUUUGAAUUUUUAAGAAAGUUUGUGCAGAAGUUUCAUGGACAACUGAUCCUUUCUCAGGAUUUUCUUUACAUGCUGCUGGAGGACAUCCCAGAACAAAAAGGGUACGGGCUAUCUGUUGAAAAUAUCAUCCAGGCCUGGCUUGACACUUCUGGAAUACCAAAGCCUUUGCUGGAAGAGUGUCAGACUUGGGACCAGUGUCGAUUAGUCCAGCAAGUGAAUGAUGAGGUCACAAAAUGGAUUCAAGUAAACCAGAGAGCCAGAAAAAGGAGCAAAAGGAAACGAAGGCAGGAUGAAGUGGCUUUCCAAAAGCUUCUCCCGGACCAGCUGGUCUUACUUCUGGAAUCUCUGUUGGAGGAGAAGACGUUAUGUCUCAGAACUCUGCAGUGCUUAGAGAAAACAUACCACCUUGAUGAGCAGGAUGCAGAGGUUCGACAUCGGUGGUGUGAGCUUGUUGUUAAACACAAAUAUACAACAAGAUAUGCUGACAUUGAGAAAUUCCUCCAGGAAGAUCAGGCUAUGGGUGUCUACCUGUAUGGAGAAUUAAUGGUGAAUGAAGAUGCAAAACAACAGGAACUUGCCUAUAAAUGCUUUGCUGCAACACAAAAACAAAUGGAUGUGUCCUCAGCCAAAGUGGUGGCAGAGAUGUUAUUCUGAAGAGGUGAUUUUUCUUGAUUAAAGUAUUUAAUCCUCAACCUGCUGUGAGAGAAUAUGCACAGCGCUGUAAAUAAACUCUGGCACAAUGUAAAAUUUGCUGAUAUUCAGCUCGAAGAAUCACUCAUUAAAUUUCUUGCAUGUUUUUUCCCCCCCCCCAAACCAUUACUGGAGCAAUCUAGUUGAGGAGCAUGGAGAAGAGAGAGGUUUUUGUACUAAGACACAUCUACAUUUACAACACUUCUUAAACAUGGCUGCACUCACACCUGCAAAUAGAAAACGUGAUAUGAACUUGCUAGGGGAUGGCAAUUACUGGAGUUGUUUAACAAAAUCUGUGUCCACAUGAGGCAUUGAACUCAUACACUUACAAACUAGUUGUCCACAGUGGUUCUGGCAUGAUUCAAAUUAGUGUGGCUUACAUGCUUUUGAGUAUUUUGUGUGAGGAAGUUAAAAUUAGUGUUGGUUAUGCUAGGAAGUACCUGUUUAUAAAGACACGCUAAUGACUGUCACAUAAAGAUAAAUAUUUUAUAGCUUUAUUUUGAUUUGCUUCUGGUUCUACUUGAAAUUAGUGGCUAAGGGACAAAAGUAGAAGUCAUCUCACUAAACUUGGGUGAAAAAAAAGCAAAAUUGCAAGUAAAGACAUUAUAUAAACUGGCCUUUUACACCAAAUACUAUAUAGAUAGUGACAUAUUCCCUUCUUUCAUCCUAUUUGAAUACCCUGAGGUUACUUCAUGGUGGUUGUACAUGCAUGUUUACCCCAUAGUCAGUUAGGUUUGGUAUGAAGAUCCUUUCCAGUACAGCAUACCUCAGAUUUUUGUGUAAUGAUACAAGCCAUCUGACAGCCUGUUUUCCUCGGUUGUUCACAUAACUUUACAGUUGAUUUGUGGUAACACAAUUCAGACAACGAGUUAGCAAAAACAUUGCUCAGUAUUUGGUAUUGAACAGGACCCCUUGAUUCGUCUUCCCUUCAAACCUAUACAGGUAGGCAAUGCUUGAAAUUAGGCUCCAUUUGAGUUUGUGGCAUUUAUUUUAUUUAUAUGGACUAGGAGAGUGGUUUUCAAUUGGGGGUCUGUGAGCCCUUUCAGGGGGGGCUGCAGUGCCCCAUGGCUCAAACCUGGUGCCCUGAGCCUCAGCGCUGAAGCCGGCGACCCCUCCACCUCAGCCAGGACUGGCAGGGGGCUGAAGGCAGCAGCCCCCGUCCCAAAGCUGGGAGUGGUGCAGGGCUGAAGCUGGUGUCUCCCAUCCCAAUGUGCCUGCUGGUGCCCCUAGCUCCCCGCUGCCUGCACACAGCCCUGAGCUAUCCCCGUCCCUGCACCCUGAGCAGUUUUCAAACUUUGAAUUGAGUUCCCCCCCCCUUUUGAGUUAUUUUUUUGCUUGUGUUCCCCCACAGCCCAGACAGGCAGGGUGGUCUCCUGAAUGAGUCAGGGGGUGGAGAUGGUGCACCCUCCCUGGACCCUGCUAUGCGGAGCUGGCUUGAGCCCCGCCAGCCUUUGCCCCCCUAAAUAGAAGUAAAACUAUGUCUAUGGGGAGCCCUGAGUUUCCCCCACCACCACUCCUGCUGGGCCCUGGUAUAUAUACACUGUAUAUGUCCUAGUCCACAGGUUCUCAACCUUUUUCUUGCUGAGGUUCCCUUCAACAUGCUAUAAAAACAAGCUAUUUAUGAAUAGCUCCGUUCUUCUGGUACAUAGACAGUAACUACAUGCUUAUGCCGGCCAGGAAAACUGUGGUGGGUUUGGAAUAGGCUUAGAGUGCCUAUUCCAGCAUAGCAGUUACAGUGGGGGUCUUGCUUUCUAAAACAGGUAGGAGACCAACUACAGAAUGUUUGCAUGCAGUGUCAUGUUCAGAUCAUCUAGGCUGAGAACCACCUACCGAACCCCAAACAAAAAAACACUAUUAACAUCUGAGCCUAUUUGUAAUGGUUUCAAAUGUUUUUAACAGCACCAAGGACCAGAAAUAUGGAGUUAGAAUGGUUUGCUCUGCUGCACUAUAUGGUGUUCUCUACCAAGAGGCUCUUAGAUACCUAGGGGAGUUUUAGUAAGGUUAAAAAGGUUAAAAUUAUUAUAACUCCGUUGGUGAUUGCCUUUGUGUAACUUCCCUAUGCUAGUUAGUGCAUGUGUCCUAUAAGCAGCUUGGUUCUGACAUGUGAAACAGGUGAUCUAAAUAAAAAUUUUUAAUCAGCUACCUGAAGGAGAUGAGAUCUUAAAGAUAUUGUCACAGAAAGUGCUUAAAAUAUCAGAUUUACAAUCACUGUUGUUUUAAACCUCAUCGUGUGAUAGGAGAGAGACUACACAAGUGUCCCUUAAUGUUGUGGCUGUUUGGGUUCCUGGCAUGCUGAUUUGUGAUUUAAGAUUAAAAUCACAUUGCCAGGGAUUACCACAUAACCAUGACUGUGCCUCCUAUUAUGAGAAUCCUAUCUUAUAUAUGCAUUGGAAUCCUCUACAAAAAAGGAUCAAACAAAAGGAGAGAAAAUGCACCAUUGAAGACCUUCAUCUGAUCUUUCGUUAUGCUGAGACAAAGACCUCUCUAACAAGGUGCAGAGCUUAGCUGAUUGGUGAACAGUGAUUGAUUUCCUCUUUGUUCACAGUGGCUAAGUUCUGCACCUGAAGAGAAGGUGAGAUGGGAAACUUCUUAAAAGUAAACCUACCCAGGGGCGAAGUAGUUUGCUGGCUGAGGUACACGGUGGGUUGGGGUAUAAUGUGUGUGAAAUCUAUCUUGCAGAGCAUAAAUGAUGGUAGAGACUUGGAAAAGAACAGACUUUUCCUGUCAAGAAUGUAAGAAAUGCACUGUAAACGGUCAGGUUUGGCUACAAGCAAAGAAGCAGUCAAUAAGUCUGAAAAAUUUAUACAUAUUGUAAUGUAAUCUCAAUGCUUUUCUAAAAGUUGGAGACAAAUAUGUUGUUUGUUCUAAACCAACUUAAGUCUAUAAAGCUAUGCUUUAUAAAGUUUUAGCCAGUGAUUUCUCUAUGCUUCUUGCUUAGCAAUGUGUAUUGUUUGCAGGAAAUGUUUUUUUACGGCUGCUGUUCCAGAUUGUUGAUGGACCCGUCCUCCGGUGCCUACUGAGCUGAUAUCAGUUCUGAUUUUACAUACUGGCUCAGUUCAGCAGGAACAGGAGUCGAGCCCUAAAGCAAAAAGAUGUGCCUAUGAAAAGUGUAACUUUUUCUGUCUGAAACCAAAUCUAGUACAGAUUGUGAUACUGUGCUUUUGAACACACGAGGUGUUCUAAGGAAGAAAAGCUUCCUCACUAUUGUGGAGAGAACUCCUGGGUUUUUUCUUUUCUUUUAGUAGAACACACAAAAGGUAUGUAGUUAGCAAGGCUUCUGAAAAUAGUGAUACUAACAUUUUAAAUUGGGAAGAGCUGAAGUGAAAACAAGUUCCCCCCAACAAAUUAUCUUUCCCCUCAGACCGAUCCUCUAAUGGCCAUAGCACCAAAGUAGGGUGAAACUGUAGGCAUCUACAAUGUGACUCUGCCUUAUGGUGGUAAUAAUAGGAGUAACUUUGCUCUUGCAUUGUGGGAAGACUAGUUAACCUAACACUUCUAAAUUACAUUGGGAAACCUGUGACAGAACACAUGACAGUCACAUGACUAUAGUAAUACAGUUAUGAAUUGGAAUUACUUAAUAAAUACCAGGUCAGAUGGUGUAAUUCAGCUCCAUUUAAGCAUCUGGCCCUUAAUUAUAUUUAAAAACUUACUGUUAGUAACCUAAAGAGGGAACCCUCCCCCCUUUGAAAAAAAUGGGACGGUUAAGACUAUACAGAGAGCUUUUACAAACAUUCCUUUAUGGUGACACAAUUAUAAUUUUUACUACUGCACAGAAAAAAAUCUUAAUAUAUCUACUACUAAAUCCUGGUAGUACUAGGAUUUCAUUGAACCUGGUAGACAUCAAAGGAAGGAUUAUGUGCCUGCUAAAACAAUCAGCUGAAAAACAUUUACCUUUUAGUAUUUAUCUUUUCAAGAAGCUUUUUGCUACCAAGCAUGUAAGAAAAAAAGCACCAACUGCUCCCCACUCCUUAAAAAAAAAAACCAGAAGACAUUAUUGUGGUUCUAACGAGUUACCUAGCACAAGCCACUUGCUGACCCUUAUUGUUAAGAUUUAUUGUAUGGUGUUAUGACAAUUCUGUAUUGCAAAUACCAGAACAACUUAUGUCCACAAACAAAAAAGGUGUUGAGAAGAGACCUGUUGAUUUGAAGAAACACUUCAGCAAAGGGGCAUCGCUGAAAUUAAGCGUUUCACACUAAGCACAGCAACCAAUAGCAAACUGCAUGAAAGUCUCUGCCAUGCCAGGGCAAUUAAGUGGAUUUCUUGGAGAGACUUCUUUGCUGGUCUACUCUACCAUCCCAAGGGAGGUUUAGAUCAAGGGUGAGCGUUGUUUUGAAUGUAUUAUUUGGUAUAAAGAGCCUAAUCUAAAAGACUAGAAGAAAGUCAGUUAUUUUGGUCAUGGAGUGGACUGGACUGAACACAAUGGCCACUAGAAGCAGGAUUGGUUUUCUUUACAACUAGAUUUACUGAAAACUUUUUUCUCCCCAUGUGAUGCUUCAUUUGUAUCGUAGAGGCACCAAAUGUAACUCCUCUCUAUGCAAAGACUACUAGAGUGGACGCUCCCAAAAAUCGAUCUUUUCAUGGAACUGGACCCUUAAAAAUGAGGGGUGGUGGGGAAGGAGGAGUUGGGCAAAUAUUUACUCACAAUUUGUUUUUAAUAAUUAAAUAAAAUAAAUUGUGUGUGGUUUAAUUAUUUCCAUUGCUUAGCGGUUAGGCACAUUAGUAUAUUUAUAGUGCUAAAAUAAUCUGUUUUUUACUGUAAAGGAGAAAUAGAAACUAACUUAAAAAUGAGUUAGUUAAUGAGUACUGAUGGAAAUAAAUUCAACACAGUGGGGGGAUUAAAAAAAACCCUCUUGCACAAAGCCUAUAAACAGUGCUCUGCUGGUAACCGAUCCAGUAGUGUGCUCAAACACAAUAGAGCAUAGCUCCUCUUUCCCCUACAUUCUCUGUACCACACCAAAAUUCAGAAACACAUUUUUAAUUACCUGGGUUAUAUUCAGUCAGCAAUUCAGAGUCUGUCUUUUAAAUGCAAUAAGAAUUAGGAAGCUGUCUAAUAGCCUGCUGAGUUACUGCAAUGGCUUCUAAUAUAGUUUCCCCCACAGAGGUAGUGACUAAGGGAUCCUGUUCUUAAAAGAGCUAUGCCCCAUUUCACAGGUUUUCUCAGAACAAGUACAAAUACUCAUUCUUAGUGCUUUCAUUGUGUAAGGGGAAAUAACGCAGAGUUGAAUAAGGCACUCGGCGUCCUGGAAAGUUUGUAUCCAAUAAUAA